GCAAGGGAAAACGAUAACGAAAGAUAAUCACAACAAAGCCAUCGAAAUAAUAAAGAUAUCAAAGGGCAACGAUGAUGGAAACCAACAAGUUGACCAUCGGUCACUUUCGGUUCAAGAAAACGAAGAAAAGGUGCAAGGUAGGAAUUUUAAUAUUCCCCUUUGUUCAAAAGGGAGUACUGCCGGUGAGCCAGUGUGGAAG